AUGAGUGCCAACGAUGAUGGAAUGAUCCUGAAUUUUGUUACUAGUAGUGGCUCCGCUGCAGAUGAGGCCACAGGUACUAAGAAAAUUACUGGUGGGAGAUGGAAGGAUAGAAGGAAGCUGAGAAUGCAAUUGCAACCAAAACCGAACAAGCGCGAACAAGAGGAAGAAGGAUUAGCGGAUGAUCUGGAACCGAAAAAGAAGAAACAUGAAUCCGAUAGGAAGAAUGCUGAGCAGAGAAGUGGGAAAAUUGGUAAUCGUCAGACCAAGUCUCUGGAUGAUAAAUUAACAAAUGAAAACCACAACACAGGUGGUAGAAGCAACAAAGGACAGUUACCUCCGAAUACUCCUGGCGCCCAGAUUGUCUCCUCCCUAUUUACCUCGAACAGGGACAUUGCUACCUCUAAGAAUACCAAUGCCAAAGAUGAAUCGGCACUUGUGAAUCCUUCUAAUGCCCCUCUGACUGGAGAUGACUUUGAGUCUCUGCAUACUAACGAAACACUGGUGCAGCACUUGAAGGGGAAAAUGGAAAUUACUAAGCCCACCAGCAUUCAAAAGAAGGUUAUACCUCAUUUGAUUUCCCCCAAAAACGAUAACGAUCUUUUCAUUAAUGCUCAGACAGGGUCCGGUAAGACCUUGGCGUUUCUGCUACCGAUUGUUUCUCAGAUCUUAGACAUGAAAAGCCAUGUACAUCGUAAAUCUGGUUGUUUCGCGCUGGUUAUUGCACCCACCAGAGAAUUGGCGUCGCAAAUCUACCAGGUUGCGCUUCAACUAACACAGUGUUGUCAUUUUCUCGUUCCAUGCCUGUUAAUUGGUGGUGAAAGAAAGAAAUCAGAGAAGGCAAGAUUGAGAAAGGGUUGUAAUUUUAUUGUUGGUACACCUGGCCGAGUGUUGGAUCAUUUGCAAAACACUAAAGUUGCGCGUGAACAGUUGAGCAGUUCGUUGAGGUACAUUAUUCUAGAUGAAGGUGAUAAACUGAUGGAAUUGGGAUUUGAAGAAACCUUAACGGACAUUUUGAAAAUUGUCCAUGGAAUUCCGUUGAACUCCUCCAAGUUUCCCUCUCUACCGAACCGAAUUAUCCAUAUUCUGUGUAGUGCAACAACAAAGGGACACGUCAAAAAGCUUGGUGAUGUUGUUUUACAGAAUUAUAAGCUGAUUUCAGGUAAAGAAAAAGGUAAAUAUUCCAAGAGUGAACUGGCUGCAGUGCCGGAUCAAUUGAAACAAACGAUUACCAUAGUCCCUCCUAAACUAAGAUUGGUAACGCUGGGAGGUGAAUUGAAUAACAUAACAAAAAGGCAUUACCAUUCAAACGAAGAUGCGGAACCAGGUGUGACGACAAGAACAAUGGUAUUUUUAUCUUGUUCUGAUAGUGUGGAAUUUCACUAUGAAGCCUUUUCGUCAGCGGACUCUGCCUAUAAAAACUGUGUGAGUGAUUCUGUUCGGGAACUAACUAGAGGUAGUACCGUUUUACCGUGUUUCGAUUUGUCAAAACAACCGCAGGUUGUACUGUAUAAAUUACACGGUUCAUUGUCGCAACCAAUUAGAAGUUCUACUUUGAAACACUUUUCCACCGAUAACGACGCGACAAAGGGUAAGCAUUUGAUUAUGUUUUGUACUGAUGUUGCAAGUAGAGGUCUGGAUCUACCAGAUGUUGGUGCUGUUAUCGAAUUGGAUCCACCCUUUUCGGUAGAAGACCAUUUGCAUCGUAUUGGUCGUACCGCUAGAGCAGGAAGAUCCGGUGAGAGUUUAUUGUUUCUUCUGCCUGGUGAAGAAGAAGGUUACAUGGAUCACAUAAGAAAGUAUCAUCCCCUUGGAUGGAGCUUGGUGAAAUAUGAUGAAGAUAUUUUAGAGCCGGCGUUCAAAGCGUUACAUGUUGAAAGAAGUGAUAAGCAGCAGUACAGAGAUGAAAAUAAAAAGGAAGUGUUGAACUGGGACACAAAUGCCACAACUUGGCAUUUAAACGUUGAGAGGAGAAUAUUGGAAGACUCGACCUUUAAGAGCGUCGCAUUAAAGGCUUAUAUGAGUCACGUAAGGGCGUAUACGACGCAUAUUUCUUCCGAAAAGCAGUUUUUCAACGUGAAGUGUUUGCACCUGGGUCAUUUGGCGAAAAGUUUUGGUUUGAGGGAAAGGCCAAAAUCCAUGGGGAUGCAAAACAACAAAAAUGGGAAAGAUUCCUCGGAGAACAAGAAACCAUCGAAGGAAGGAGCCAAGAACAAAAUGUGGCGUAUGGCACGUAAUGCUGUUAAAGAGAGUGUAAGCGAAUUCAAUUACUGA